GGAGAAAUUAGGGGAAGAGGAGAUUACAGAGGAAGAGGUGAUUUUAGAGGAAGGGGAGACCACCGAGGUAGGGGGGAUAGUCGAGGUAGAGGAGGGAGCAGAGGAAGAAGUUCUCCUAGAGGCUGUCAUUGGGACGAUAACCAGUAUAAUUCAGGUGAUUCGUGGAACAGAAAUGUGAACAUGGACUGGAAUUCACCCAGGGGCCAUGGUGGCCGUGGCAGAGGCGGUUUCAGAGGCGGUUUUAAUUAUGGAGACCAAAAUGAGAACUCUUGGAACAAUAGACAGCCCUACUCAGGAAAUUCAAAUGCUUUAGGGCAAGAGUCUACUAGGGUGCAAGAACACAAAAACUAUAAACCGAAAUAUGAGGAAAUAUUUGAGCCACCUGUUGAUCGAUCAGGGUGGACUUCUGCAUCAAGUUGGGCUGUUAGAAAAACCCUACCUGCUGAUGUUCAGAAUUAUUAUUCAAAAAGAGAAAAAAAGCUCCACUGGAUCCCAGCAGGGAUGGACUAGACCAGAAGUAACUCAGGACCAAGACCAAGCCCUCAAAGACCAACCGAGUCAACAAACUGAAAGCGCUCAGAUGCCAGUUAAUAUGGUGCAGACACAAUUGAAUGUAGUUCAGCCACCAAUGAAUGCACCUCCUCCACAGCCAGUGAAUAUUUACCCAUAUUCAGUGGGAGUCCAUCCCCCCCCCUUAGUGAGCAUGCAGCACAAUCCAUACAACAUUCAUCCUCAACUCCCUAUCCAUCUCCACCCACCAUUACCUCUAGUGCAGGUAUCUGCUCCAUCUAGCGUGCCUCAGGGAUUGCCGCCACCCCCACCACCGCCACCACCAUCUCAACAAGUCGGCUAUAUUGCUCCACAGCAAGAUUUAAAACCACCACUGCAGGCUAAUCCAAGCGUUUCCCACAUAAGUAAUAACUCUGCUGCACCACCUUUGCCUGCUCCAGCAGUAGCCCCAGGAGGGCUAGUUGGGCCAGUAGUUACACCAACUCCUGCUAUUGUGCCAGCAUCAAGUCAUGGCAAAAACCCUUACGUUUCUGUAAAGCCUGCUCCUUGGAAAGAAAUUGUAACAGUGGAAGCCAGUGCAGAUAGCUCCAAGAAAGAAAAGAAAAUUCUAAUUCAGGAACGAGCAGCACAAGAAGUAAAAGGGGCUAUAAAACAAUAUUAUCAAAAUAAAGAUAUUACAAAAGAUGAAUAUAAGGAGAUUGUGAAGAAAGCUGUUGACAAGGUGUGUCACAGUAAAAGUGGAGAAGUUGAUUCAGCUAAAGUGGCAAAUCUUGUUAAGGCGUAUGUGGACAAGUACAAACACUCUCGCAAAAAGGGGCCAGAGGACAAACUUUGA